AUGCCCUCCCCUCAUCCCCGCUCUGGUAUGUUCGACGGUAUUCGUACAUCGAUGUGUCAGCACAAUAGCACCGCCCCUGCUUCCGCACAGCAUCAGAACAGCAGCCCCAGUAUCAGCCGUCCGACAAAGCUGAUGUCGCUAAGAAGCAGGGGCCGUGAGCAGUUCACGGGCGACAAGAAGCAGACCGAUGUCGAAGGGGGCGCGUCGGACAAGCAUGCCACCUCGUGGUUUCCCCGGCUGUGGAAUGUGAUGCGGAAGAACGAUCGAGCAGAGGAGCAAAUGGAUGAGACAUCUUUGCCUCGCGCAAGGCUGCACCCUCAACUUACCGUUAGAGUGGACGCGCCGUCGACCGAGAGAUUACUGCACUGUCAACGGAGUUGCAAAUUGAUGGAUAUACGCCCCCCUCCCGCAGGAUCUGAGACACUGUGGAGUGCCUUGGAAGACAGCGAUGUGCGGGAUAUUUGUCUGAUCAGCGCAGCGCUGGUCGUCGUGCGAGUGGGCAAACAGAUUUUCAAUCAGUCGCACAUUGGAAGAAUAUUCGAGGCUGCUAUCGACGGGCAAUCAGAGGCACUGCGGUGUGCCUCCACCGUAUCUCUAGUCAUCGGACUCAGACUCGGCAAGGAUGUCAUGCAGCUGAUCACAUUGCUCGCUGGCCCGCUCAGUUAA